AUGUCGACUAUCUUUGGAAGAUACUGGAAAGCGCUUGCUAUUGCAAGUGUAUCAAUCACAUCGUCUUAUUUUCUGUCCAACAGUGAUUAUUCUCAGAAAAAGAAUUCUUUAUUAUCUGUAUUCAAAAUUCAAGCAGCAGAAUAUGAACGACGGAAUGCUGGUAAAUCCUUAUCAAAAACUUGGCAACUCGAACGAAGAAAAAAUAUUGACGACGAAGAUGAAGAUGAAAAUGAGAAAGAUAAUUUAAGUCGAACAGAAAAGAAGAUCAAAAAUAUUCGUGAAAAACGUUUUCAUGAUUUUGCUUCGAUUGAAUAUGAUGAAGAAAUAUUUAUGACACCAGUCGAUUUUCUUGAAUCCGUUAUUGCAGAACGCCCUAGACCUCGUAUUGGUCGCCGACAACUGACAGACUCUAUGGUUGAUUCUAUUUUGUACAAUACACCACCAAAACAUCGAGGAUCUAAUCGAUUUUUUCGAGAUCUUGAAGAUACUGGCCUAAUAUCAUACGCAGAAUAUUUAUUUCUUUGGGUGAUUUUAACAAAACCUUCCACACAAUUUGGAAUAGCAUUUGCUUUGUUUGAUAUUGAUGGUAAUCAAUUGGUGGAUAAGCAUGAAUUUCUUGUAUUUGGAAGAGUAAUGAGUGAUAAACGCAUGAUACGUCGACAAUCAAAAAAACAUUCUACACGAAAUUCGAAUACGACUUCAACUAAAACUAAUUCUUUUCAUUUUGAUGAUAUUGAGCAAACAGAUACAACAUUACUUGUACAUUUUUUUGGUAAAAACGGUCGCGAUACAUUGAAUUAUACAGAAUUCAAACGUUUUAUGGAAAACCUUCAAACGGAAGUACUUGAAAUUGAAUUUCAUCAAUAUUCACAUGGUUUCAAAACAAUAUCUGAUUUGAGCUUUGCUGAAAUGCUUUUAUGUCACACAAAUUUCGAUCAUGAUACCAAAAAAUUCAUAUUAAAAAAAGUUAAAACAUACAGUGAUCAACGAAAUGAAAUUACAUUUGAACAAUUUAAACAUUUCUUUGCAUUUCUUACAAACCUCGAAGAAUUUGGUAUUGCUAUGCGUUUUCAUCAAUUAUCAAAUAAACCAAUAUCACAAGCUGAAUUUCAACGGGCUGUUAAAAUUUCAAUGGGUUUUGAACUUGAAUCUCAUCUGAUCGCUCUUAUCUUUCGCAUCUUUGAUAGUGAUAAUGAUCAACAUUUAAGCUAUGACGAAUUUAUGACAGUGAUGAAAGAUCGACUUUCUCGUAAUUUUCAAGCAAAUGAUUAUAGAGAAUUACCGGCUUCGAAAUUUGAUCAAUUUAAACACUGUGUUCGUGAACGAGCUAAACAUGAAUCUAUAUUUGCGUUGAAUUAA